AUGAAUACAUAUAGACUUUCCAAUCGUUCUGCUCGAUCACUUUUCGCAACUCAAUCGCCUCUCUAUGAUUUUUUGGCACCAAGUUUCAUCAAUUUACCCAGAUCAUCCCGCGUUAUUCGCCAGCUCUCCACAACCCCGCCAUCCUCUUCGGUUGCUUCUUCCAGUACCCCCUCACCCAAUUCUCAAAAUGCGCGCGAGCACCAUACCACCAACCCAUCCCAUCCAGCCCCUCGAUCUGGCGCAGAAGCCCUUCUCAACGCCUCUCCCUCAAAUAAGCCACUGACCCAAUCCCAAAAAGAUUUCCUCACCAGCGCCCUGCGUGUCAACCAAGCCGGCGAGCUCGCCGCAACCCUGAUCUACACCGCGCAAACCCCUCCAAUCACAAAUGCACACCCUCAUUUGCGUCCCCUAAUGGCGCACAUGUAUGAUCAAGAAGCCGGACACUUUGCCACCUUCAAUCAUCUACUCGCUAAACAUCGCAUACGUCCAACCGCAUUGACACCCGUCUGGUCACUAGCUGCAUCGGCUUUAGGAUGGGGAACUGGAUUGAUGGGACGAGAAGCGGCAAUGGCAUGUACAGAGGCCGUGGAGACGGAGAUUGGGACGCAUUAUAAUGAGCAGGUGCAGGUGUUAUUGGAGAUGAAGACGCAGAUGGAGGCAAGGGGUGAGGAAUUGGGAGAGGAGUUGACGGAAUUGUUGGAGACUAUUAGGAGGAUUCGGGAUGAGGAACUAGAACAUUUAGACCAUGCCGUUGAACAUGAUGCGAAGAAAGCUGUGCCUCACGAACUGUUGACUGGCGUUAUUAGAGCGGGGUGUAGAGGGGCAAUUUGGGUUAGCGAGAGGGUAUGA